AUGCCCGAUCACGACAAGUAUCAGUUGCGUCCGCGCGCGACGCGCUCACGGGAGCCGCGUGCGCGCCGCGCGCCACAGCCCCUCAGCAAAUAUCGACGGAAAACCGCAAACGCAAGAGAAAGAAGCCGAAUGCGUGAAAUUAAUCGCGCCUUCGAAACCCUCCGGCGCGCUGUACCGGCUGCGGAGAUUACGGGGAAUCCGGUGCCUUGCGAGAAGCUGACGAAGAUCACGACUCUGCGGCUAGCGAUGCGGUAUAUCACAGCUUUAUCCUCUGCCCUGAGAGAUACCAGCCCCGAGCGAGAGGGCGCGCAGCCCGAACGCUGGUCGUCGCCUUUUGGUUCAGACCUGUCAGAACUUUCCACGGAACAGGAGAACACUUCAGAAUUCACGGAGGAUUCCCUCUCGCCGUUCGACUCGUUCUUCGCCGAGUUCGACUACGAAUACAGUUUAGACAGAACGUUUACGUGA